AUGUCACAAAACCCAUAUUCAUAAGCUCUUAAAUAUAGUAUGGACCAAUCUUUUGUUCCAAAUGUAGAAAACAAGGAAGUAUCAAUCACCAAUAUAGCUGAUAUUGAUCAUCCAGAUAAAAUCAUACCUUUGUUGGAAUAAACCUUCAAAAGUGGAUAAAUCUACAUAGAUUAAGGAUACUCAAAUUUGAUAUCGCUCAACCCUUUUCAAGAUACAAAGCAUUUGAGUGACUCGAAUAUCCAAAAUCAUAAGAAGGAUUACCUGAAAUUAACCAAUUCACAAUUAAGCUUGUCUAAACCUCAUCUCUAUAAAUUGGCCGAACUAGCUAAAUAAGCUUGCUUUUCUUCAUCAAACAUAAACAACACAUGUUCUAUACUGACCUAGGGAAUUAGUGGAUCUGGCAAGACAGUAUCAGCUAAGGGUAUAUUGCACUACGUAGCAGCACUUUCUAGCAGUGGAUUAUUUACCUCCACUACCCUUAACAAAGUUGAAAUUGAGUAAAGGAUUAUUGCUUCAGAUAUUAUUUUUGAGGCUUUUGGAAAUGCAAAAACAUAAAAGAACUCAAAUUCAUCGAGAUUUGGAAAGGUUGUUUCAAUUUAAUUCGAGAACCAAAAGAACCCAAAGAACCAAAAGAUAAUUAGUGGUAAAAUAGUAACAACACUUUUUGAAAGGACCAGAUUAAAUCAAAAAGGAUUUAUGGAUAGAAACUUUCAUAUCUUUUACUAAUUAUUUGAAGCUUUUCAUAAAACUGAAGAAAUAAAAAACUUUGCAUAAUAGCAUGAGGAAGAUAUCGAAUUUAAAUAUGAUCUUGAUUAAUUGAUAAAGGAAAUAGAGAAGUUAGCACUUGAUACUGAGUUUAUGCUUCUUGGAACUCAAAAUUAAUUCAUGUCCAGCUAGGAUGAUUAAUAUGGUAAAUAAGAAGAGGAUUAAGCGUAGGCUGAUGAAGAUUUUUACAAGUUUAUGAAACUCUUGUAAGCUUUUGGUGAUCUUGAUUUUACUCUGGAAGAAGUGGUAAGCAUAUUUUAAUGUGUUGCUGGACUCAUUCAUUUGAAAGAAGAUAACUAUUAAAAAGCUGAAGAAUUGUUGUAGAUUCCAAAUCUAAAGUAGACCAUAGAUAAAAAUAUUGAAACUGGAUAGAGCAGGAAACUGUGUGCAGAAUCGAUCAUCAAUGGGAUUAUUAUGGAUUUCUACUAUAAAUUAUUCAUGUGGAUCUAAAAUAGAGUAAAUAGCAAUAUCUCCCAAGAUUUUGAUCCUAAUAAGAAAUACAUCUUAAAUAUUUUCGAUAGUUUUGGAUUUGAAAUAUUUAAGAAUUAGGAGUAAGUUUAACAAAAUCUAUUCGAAUAGUUGACGCUAAACUAUAUAAAUGAGAAGUUAUAGAACUUGUUUUAUUAAUAGAUUGUUGAUAAUGCACAAAAAAAAUUCAAUUCUGAAGGUUUGACUAUUAUUCCACCAGAUUUUCAAAAAAAUGAUAGAAUUAUCUUUGCGAUAGAGGAUGUGAUUUUCAAAAAUUUAAAGGAUAGCAACCUAUUGUCAAGAAAAACUGACUAUUUUAAGGAUGCAAUUAGAAAAAGUAUUCCAGAAAAGGGGGUUUAGGAUAUUUUGAUUGAUGAAAGUUCAUUGAAAAAAAAAUAAGGAUCAUUAACAUAAAGCUAAAUUACUCACAAAUUUUAAUCUAAUAUUCUUGGUAUCAGACACACUGGAGGUGAAAUCUAUUAUUAACUUGAUUGUUUCCUUUCAAGUAACAAGUACAUGGUUAGUCAGGAAAUAUAGAAUAUCAACCAAUUGAGUUAAAAUUAAAUCAUAAAGUCAUUUACUCAAUAAUUUUAAAACCAAACAGUGGCUGAUACUACUUAAAAAGAGAUUAAUGAUAUAAUUCAAACGUUUAAGAAGUCUGAAACUUGGUUUGUUAAAUGCUUCUAAACAAAUUAUGACUAAAAAAGUGGAUAUUUUAAUGUAGAUGAAAUGAAAGAACAGCUAAGUUAUAGUGGAUUAGAUUAGUGUGCUAAUAUGUUAUGUUAAACAUAUUUCUUAAGCAUACCCAAGGAAGAAUUCUUUAACACUUAUAUAAAGCUCAAUCCUCAAAGUCAAAAUGUGGGUCAUUUGGUAGACUUUAUAAAUGAGCAAAUGAGAUAGUCAAAAGAAUAUACCACCAUUUAACCCUUAUAAGUCGGGUUAAAUAAUAUACUGAUAAAGGAGUAAGCAAAGAGAAAGCUUGAUUAAGAGAUAUAAUACAUUAUACAUUGGGAAUCGGAUUAACAAUAUAGAACAUGCUCAUUAUAGCAUGAUGAAUAAAUUGAAUAUCUAUAAUAACAACUUUAAAAAGAAACUUAAGAAUUACUUAAAUCUCUUGAAAUGAAAGAUGAGGUAAUUAAAGGUCUGAACAAGAAACUUAAGGAUAAAGAAGAUAGUGAAAAGAAAUUGAUUGAGUUGAUUUAGGCGAGCUUCAAAUUUAACAAUGAGUUAUAAAAAGAGUUUGAAAAACUCACUCAAAAUAACAAUAAUCACGUUACGCAAUUAAAUUAGCCUAUAUAGAACCUAUAAGAAUAAGAAAACUACUAAGGUUAGUGA